GCAGUUGGAAAAUCUGACUGGGGCAGCUUCUGAACACAGGCUGGGCCUGCUCAGCCUCUGCAGGCCGAGCGGCCGCCCCCUUCCGGCCUCCCCACACGCGCCUGGAUCGCAGGGGAUUCUCUUCAGCCGCUUUGUGAAGCAGAGGAGAGAUGCCUCAGGAACAGUACACCCACCACCGGAGCACCAUGCCCAGCUCCGAGGGACCACAGGUAUACAAAGUGGGGAUUUAUGGCUGGCGGAAAAGAUGCCUGUAUUUCUUUGUCCUACUCCUGAUGAUUUUAAUACUGGUGAACUUGGCCAUGACCAUCUGGAUUCUCAAAGUCAUGAACUUCACGAUUGAUGGAAUGGGAAACUUGAGAAUCACAGAGAAAGGUCUAAAGCUAGAAGGAGACUCCGAAUUCUUGCAACCUCUUUACGCCAAAGAAAUCCAGUCCCGACCAGGUAACGCCCUGUACUUCAAAUCUGCCAGAAAUGUUACAGUGAACAUCCUCAACGAACAGACUAAAGUCCUAACUCAGCUGAUAACAGGGCCAAAAGCGGUAGAAGCUUACGGCAACAAGUUCGAGGUGAAGACGGUUUCUGGAAAAUUGCUCUUCUCUGCAGAUAGCAAUGAAGUGGUAGUAGGAGCUGAGAGGUUAAGAGUUUUAGGAGCAGAGGGCACAGUGUUCCCUAAAUCUAUAGAGACACCUAAUGUCAGGGCAGAUCCCUUCAAGGAACUAAGGUUGGAGUCCCCCACCCGGUCUCUGGUGAUGGAGGCCCCAAAAGGAGUAGAAAUAAAUGCAGAAGCUGGCAACAUGGAAGCCACCUGCAGAACAGAGCUGAGACUGGAGUCCAAAGAUGGAGAGAUUAAGUUAGAUGCUGCGAAAAUCAAACUACCUAGACUGCCUCAUGGAUCCUACACGCCCACAGGAACAAGGCAGAAGGUCUUCGAGAUCUGCGUCUGCGCCAAUGGGAGAUUAUUCCUGUCCCAGGCAGGAACUGGUUCCACUUGUCAGAUAAACACGAGUGUCUGCCUGUGAGAGACGAUGCAUAGUGGACAUUGUCGGCAGCAUCCAGGCCUUUUUCGGCUUUAGACCCUGGCUGCCAGCUAUUUUUACUAGAACACAGAAAGCCUAUCAAAGACCUUUUGUGUGUGCGUGUGUGUGUGCGUGUGUGUGUGUGUGAGUUUGCGUGUGUGGGUGAUAUAAAUAUAUAUAAAUAUAUAUAAAUAAAUAUAUAUAUCCUCUGUAUAAAAUGAGGUUUCAGUACAAAAGGAACCAUGGGUGACCCUGUGAUAUCCACUGUCAUUGCCAUCCCAACCCCACCACAUACAUGAUAAAAUCAAAACACUAAUUCGGGCCCCAUAUUCCCCAGACCCUGCAGAAUCACACAGUGUAUCGACACUUAGUGAAUAUUCGCCUACACGUGUGAGUAAUAGCCUGUCUUUUCCUCUAGUGUCAUUACAAGGCAGUGAUGGCGGGAAUUUGCAAGUCACACCCAAGGGCUGAGACCCUUGUAGUAAAACCAGACACUUUAUUAGCUUUUGUGCAGCUGGCCAACUUCCCCCGCUUCAAGUCAGGGAUGGGGCAGUGCCGUAGAAGUCAGACAGAGGAACUCAACGUGGCUGUGCUACUUUUUCAUCCAAAUGUAUUGGGCUCUUGUGGUUGGAUGAACUAGGAGGAUGGAUUGUAGCAAAGUUUGAAAGGCUCACCCAACUCCUGUGAGCUUAUGACUUCCUUCAAACUCACGUAUUAUCCCACAGUCAAAACAGGAGCUGUAAGUCAGCACAAAAUAGGAAAACAGUUGCUCCUCAGUCGGCUAGAAGCUCCUUGAUGGCCUGACAGACUGGGAGUAAAUGGGCAAUAGGUCUCUGUUUGAAGUGAAAAAAUGGCUCAAAAUCUGUUACAUCCUCACUCCUGUUGACUUUAUCCAACAGACUCCUACCCAAAAUGAUCACGUCAAUCCAGAUCUUUAAGAGUGGAACCCCUACCCCCAAGAGAAGCUAUUUGGAGACGGAAAUCAAAGAGUGGCAAAGGAAACCAAAUUAUUUUAAAAUAUGUUUCUGGGGACUGGUAGGUAAUUUAGAGGCAUGUGUUUCAUUUCUAAAAGUAUGCACAAACUCUCUGCCUUCAAUCUUCUUAUAUAUUUUUUCAGUAUUGGGAUAUUCAUUUUCCUAAGUUGACCAUUGUCUUCUCUAAGAACAGUGACCCAAGAAUCACAGAUCUAAAGUACCCCAUGCCCCCAGAAACGCUCGCUGAAAAUUAAUAUAGACUGAGUCAAGUGUCUUUAUUAGAAUCACUGUGUCGCCGGGGGGCCCAACGGUACCCACUCCCCCGUAUGCGGAAGCAGCUCCCUAAUUCCCGCCAUCAGCUACCUCCCAUCACCCCACUUUCAUCAUCGUGCUCCAGGGUCACCCUGGCCAGCUCUUGUGCUGGGACAGGGGAUUACACUAUCUCUGUUCAAAGAGGGGGAUACGUGCCUAUGCCUUACGACAAUGCACUCAGCAAGGAGAAGCACAUCCAAUAUUUAUCUUGUGUUACCUGUAGUUUAUUUUGAGUGAUUGGAGGGGAAGGGUUUCACAAUGACUGGGCAUCUCAACAGCUAGUAGGCAAACCAAGUGGCUGACAGAUGUGGACGCCUAGGAGCCUGGAAGGGAGACGUAACUGCUUUCGACCAUCUUGGAUGCCACUUGGCAAGCGGUAGCCCCACAGUCCUAAACGAAGUCAUAUUUGUAGGCCUGAAUGGCAUUUGUUUGUUGUUGUUUUUUUUUCCUCAACAGGGUUCUGCUUUUUCUUACUUCACAAGCAGUGAGGAGAUGUGCUAUAGGAAAUGAAUAAGAGGUUUGGUAUUUUUGAGAUGACACUCAAGCAUCGGGCUGAGUUUUGCACGUGUGGAAGGUAAAAGCAAGCUGUGUGUUGCUUAGUCACUUAGAAGUGGGGGGAGGAGGGAUGGUUCCAGCCUGACCAGUGGCCCUGCUGGCUCCCGGACCCCAGGGUCCCUCCAGUCACUCCUGCUUAAUAUCCGUACAGAAGAAUUGGGUUGCUCAAGGGUGAGACCGUAAGAUUGCUUAGUGUGCAGCACUAGGGUCUAAAAAGGAAAACCAUAAAGAGAUAUGCAAUUGCUCUGGCUCAGUAGUAUUUAUAUCCUGUAGGAUCACACCGCCAGAAUCUGCAUGUACCACACCCAGAGUUUUUCCAAGCCAGGAAAGGCCCUCCUUGGCGUCUGGGAGCAUCUACCCCGUAUCUUUCAGAUCAACAGUAGUACCUAUAAGGUCCUUUGUGGCUAAGUACCUGAAGACAGAGGUUUUUGUUUGUUUGCUUUGUUUGUUUUUUAAGCAGACAGACCAUCUUUGCAUUUUGUCAUCUCAAGUACAUAUUCUAAGGAUGACAAAGAAACGGAAGGUUCCCUGAACCUCUUUCAUCUAAUUUUGUUCUAAUCGUUAAAUGAAAGUCUGAGAUCAGCACCUUGGAAAUUUUAUGCCAAUAAAAAAGACUGGUGUGAUGCCACUUGCAAAAAUUAAUCCUAAAUAUACUCAGAUCACAAAUAGAAUAAAAUCAAUAGCAACCACGAAUAGAAAUCAAGCACCUCUGGGGACAGACAUGAUAGAAAAUUCUGAUUUUCAUUUGUGCUAAGUGACUACGGUAUAUCAGGUAAUGAGCAGGCAGUUUGGCGUGGAUUAAAUUAUGUAUUUCAGUUCAGACUUUAGAAUUCAGUAAUUGCAUAUUAAGUCCUUCAAUGUACAUUUUUUUUCUCCCAACUUCCUCCAACUAGAAUACCUGUCCAUGGUCAUGAGAAAACGUUUUACCUGAAUUCUGGGGAAAAAAAUCUCUUUUACAUUAAAGUCUGAUACCUUUAAUUUAUAAAACUGAGAUCUUUUCUAAUCUUAUAUACGAUAUCUUCUAGAAAAUCACAUCUCUCAGUAUAUUAAGCAGCGGGUGGCAUAACAAAGAGUUUACAUGAAUUUUCAAUAUUCUAGAAGUUCCAGUAUGUUAAUAUUCUUCAGAAAAGUUUUAUAAAUUAAAAGUUGAUCUCCAAAUAUGUUUAGCACCUACUUCUACUGGGUAUCUGCUCAAUAAGUUGUUAAAGUUUAGUCUUAAGAGAUUUUCGAAAGCCCUUUUGGUGACAUCAGUCCAGGUGGAAACUUGAUACAAAGCUGUAUCUUUCUGUUACCCAAGAGACAGAGCCUAUAAACUUGCAUUGGCUUUUAACUUGCUUUAGGUCAGUUUUCCCUUGGAUCAUUUCCAUUGUAUACCCAGCACCAUAGACCAAAGAUUGCUUGAGGCUUGACUCUAGCACAGGGGUCAAUAAACUCUGGUCCCGAAACCACAUGGGACUCAUCACCUGAUUUUGUGAAUAAAGUUUGAUUAUAACACAGCCACAUCCAUCCACUUACUUGUUAUGUAUGGCUGAUUGCAUACUGGACCAGCAGGGUUGAAUAUCUGUGCCAGAGACCUCUUGGCCCACAAAACAUAAAAUGGUUACUAAUUGGUUCUUUAGUAAAAGUUUGCUGACUCCUGACAUAGAGGUCAUUUGUAGCCUCAUUUGUGUUGGACACAGCAGGAGAGAAAGUAGACGACAGCACUACGUUUCCAUGCAUGCUUGGGAAUAUAAAUAUGUGGUUAUAGAAAAGAUGGUCCGCCUUACACUGCAUGUAAAAGAGAUCCACUUGUCUGAGAAACACAGGCUCACAGGAUUCUUGGAAACAGGGAAGACGGAAUUGGGGAAGGGUUUAGUGGAAGAGGAAAGCUGUGAUCCUCCAAAAGGUUCUUCCUAGAACCCUUCAUAUAUAAAUAUAAGGGGUUCCUUCAGUCAGCAUCACUGUGAGUCAAGCAGGGGUCCUUUGAUGUAGAGUCUCUUUCCUGAAGAGACUAUUUCUGCAAUCUCCGCCUAGAGGUUUUCAUCUCACCUUCCCAUAUUCCAGAAAGAUGUCCAAUCCAUGGUCCCCUGAAGAAUAUUUUUGACUUAACCUAUCUUUUUGGCAUCCAUUACCUCGGUUAUUCACACCCACAGAGGACUCACUUUCCUACAACCACAUCAGGCCUGAAGGGUUGGUGGGACCAACACAUAAUUAGAAAUAUUCAAAGGAACAUCUGAAAAUAUGUAGGACAAAAAAAUGUAGAAUUAUUUCAUGAAUCUGUUGCUGGGAUUUGUGGAGGGCGGGGACCAGAUUAAUGCCAGUUUGAUGUUGUUUCCAAGGAUCUGGGUCUUUGUUCUUUGGCGUAGGAGAUUUACCAAAAAAAAAAAAGAAAAGAUCUAUUUUGAAUUCCAGCAUCACUGCCUCUGUGUGGUAAGGCAGGUUCCUACCAGAGAUUUGUCCCUUCACUCAGCAUCCCUAUUGCUAAUCCAAAGCUUUAUACUCAUAUUUAAUAUUGUUAAAAUAGCAUCAGUUAUGAAUGAUUCUUUGUAAGUAUGAGUAUUCCUGUUAGGGAGGAAAGGUGUUUUUGUUUUUUUUAAAUAAAAAUACCAUUUACCAGACCCUAAUCAGCAUUAGUUAAAGGAGUCCUUCAGCAUUUUAUCUGUAUUCAACUAAAAGAGGAUUAAAUUGGCCUUUCACAGGAACAGCUACAUGACAGUAUCUUGCAUUUGUUUAUUUUAGGCAAAAGGUAGCCUGAUGUUUAGACCAAGGAGGUAAAUCCCCAUCUAAGCACUUGAUCCUUAUUUUUUAAGGCUCUCUGAAAGGUGAAAAUCUAAGUUGAGUUGUAAACAAAACCCCUUUCCUCUCUUUCCUCUGCUCCAGGAAAUCUUAGGCACAAAAAGGAUAACACAGCAGUUCCUGGAAUGAUACAUUUGCAUGGCGCCCCAGUAGCGGGG